UCCCGGCGCGCCAGGGCUGCAGCUAGGGGCUCGCCGCCGCGGGGCCGCCCGGGAGCCCGGGAGCCGUCCGGCGGGGCGGGCCGGCCCGCCACCAUGGAACCCCAGCGCCGGGAGCUGCUCGCCCAGUGUCAGCAGAGCCUGGCCCAGGCCAUGACGGAGGUGGAGGCCGUGCUCGGACUGCUCGAGGCCGCGGGAGCACUGAGUCCCGGCGAGCGGCGGCAGCUUGACGAGGAGGCGGGAGGCACCAAGGCGGAGCUGCUGCUUAAGCUGCUCCUGGCCAAGGAGCGGGACCACUUCCAGGACCUGCGGGCGGCGCUGGAGAAGACGCAGCCUCACCUGCUGCCCAUUCUCUACCUGAACGGCGUCGUCGGGCCGCCGCAGCCCGCCGAGGGCGCCGGUUCCACCUACAGCGUCUUGUCCAUCAUGCCCUCAGACUCAGAAAGCAGCAGCUCCCUCAGCAGUGUGGGCACCACUGGGAAGGCGCCGUCCCCACCACCCCUCCUCACCGACCGGCAAGUGAACGAGAAGGUGGAGAACCUGUCCAUUCAGCUGCGGCUGAUGACCCGAGAGAGAAAUGAACUGCGCAAGCGCCUGGCCUUUGCGACUCAUGGGACAGCCUGUGAUAAGAGGCCAUAUCACAGGCUGAAUCCUGACUACGAGAGGCUGAAGACCCAGUGUGUGCGGGCCAUGUCAGACCUGCAGAGCCUGCAGAGCCAGCACACCAACGCCUUGAAGAGGUGUGAGGAGGUGGCCAAGGAGACCGACUUCUACCACACCCUCCACAGCCGGCUGCUGAGCGACCAGACCCAGCUGAAGGAUGACGUGGACAUGCUGAGGCGGGAGAACGGGCAGCUGCUGCGGGAGCGAAACCUGCUGCAGCAGUCGUGGGAGGACAUGAAGCGGCUCCACGAGGAGGACCAGAAGGAGAUCGGUGACCUCCGGGCCCAGCAGCAGCAGGUGUUGAAGCACAACGGGUCAUCGGAAAUUCUCAACAAGCUGUACGACACAGCCCUGGACAAGCUUGAGGUGGUUAAGAAGGACUAUGACGCCUUGCGGAAGAGGUACAGUGAGAAAGUCGCCAUCCACAACUCGGACCUGAGCCGCCUGGAGCAGCUGGAGGAAGAGAACCAGCGCCUGCUUAAGCAGACGGAAAUGCUGACCCAGCAGAGGGACACGGCCAUCCAGCUGCAGCACCAGUGCGCCCUCUCCCUGCGGAGGUUCGAGGCGAUCCACCAUGAGCUGAACAAGGCCACGGCCCAGAACAAGGACCUGCAGUGGGAGAUGGAGCUGCUGCAGUCGGAGCUGACGGAGCUGAGGACCACGCAGGCGAAAACUGCCAAGGAGUCAGAGAAGUACAAGGAGGAGCGGGACGCGGUGUACAGCGAGUACAAGCUCAUCAUGAGUGAGCGUGACCAGGUCAUCUCUGAGCUGGACAAGCUGCAGACCGAGGUGGAGCUGGCCGAGUCCAAGCUCAAGAGCAGCACGUCUGAGAAGAAGGCGGCCAGUGAGGAGAUGGAGGCAUUGCGACAGGCACCGAUCCGAGUCAGCAGGCAGAAGAGGAGAACCCCCGCUCCCACCCCCACCCUGGCAGCUUCCAGAACUGAAAUCCUCAGCUCCUUCUCUACUUUGUCUGGCUUCUCCGACAAGACCACUCCCCACCCGGCCAGAGUAGGCCAGAUCAAAGACACGGUGACAAUGGAUGCCGGGAGAGCCACCAAGGAGGCGGAAAUCCUUCGAAAGCAGUGUAAGGCUCUGUGCCAGGAGCUGAAGGAAGCCCUCCAGGAGGCAGACGUGGCCAAGUGCCGGCGGGACUGGGCCUUCCAGGAGCGGGACAAGAUUGUGGCCGAGCGGGACAGCAUCCGGACGCUCUGCGACAACCUGAGGCGGGAGCGGGACCGGGCAGUGAGCGAGCUGGCUGAGGCCCUGCGAAGCCUGGAUGACACUCGAAAACAGAAGAACGACGUCAGCCGGGAGCUUAAGGAGCUGAAGGAGCAGAUGGAAUCCCAGUUGGAAAAGGAGGCCCGGUUCCGGCAGCUGAUGGCGCACAGCUCCCAUGACUCAGCCAUCGACACAGAUUCCAUGGAGUGGGAAACGGAAGUUGUGGAGUUUGAAAGGGAGACGGAGGACAUUGAUUUGAAGGCACUGGGGUUCGAUAUGGCGGAAGGUGUGAAUGAGCCCUGUUUGCCGGGAGACUGUGGCAUAUUUGUCACUAAGGUGGACAAAGGAAGCAUUGCAGAUGGCCGUUUGCGGGUCAAUGACUGGCUGCUGAGGAUCAACGACGUGGACCUCGUCAACAAGGACAAGAAGCAGGCCCUCCAGGCCCUGCUCAACGGCGAGGGCGCCAUCAACAUGGUGGUGCGGCGCAGGAAGUCUCUGGGCGGCAAGGUGGUCACACCACUGCACAUCAACCUGAGCGGACAGAAAGACAGCGGCAUCAGUCUGGAGAAUGGAGUAUAUGCUGCUGCCGUGGUACCCGGAAGUCCGGCCGCCAAGGAGGGGUCCCUCGCUGUGGGAGACAGGAUUGUGGCGAUCAACGGCAUUGCACUGGACAACAAAUCUCUGAAUGAGUGUGAAUCUCUGCUGCGUAGCUGCCAGGACUCUCUGACCCUCUCCCUCCUGAAGGUGUUCCCUCAGAGCUCCUCGUGGAGUGGCCAGAACAUUUUUGAAAAUAUGAAGGACUCUGAUAAGAUGUUGAGUUUCCGAGCCCAUGGCCCGGAGGUCCAGGCUCAGAAUAAAGGGAACUUGAUGCAACACAACAACUCCACGCAGACAGACAUCUUCUGUGCAGACAGGCUGGAGGACAGGAAGGAGCUGGGCCACCCAGGCGGCAGUAGCUCCUUCCUGCAUAAGCCUUACCCUGGGGGACCCUUCCCAGUCUCCCCGCAGGCCUGUCCCAGUGCCUCUGAGCGUAGCCUGAGCUCCUUCCGCUCAGACGCCUCUGGGGAGCGUGGCUAUGGGCUGGUGGAUAUGCAUAGCCGGCGGCCACUGCUGCCCUUCGAGACUGAGGCGGGUCCCUGUGGGGUGUCAGAGGCCCCCCUGGAUAAGGCCGAGCCCGAGAGCUCCAACAGCGGCGGGACCUGGCCCAAGGCUGUGCUCAGCUCCACGGCAGGGCCCGAGAAGCUCUCUGUUUACAAGAAGCCAAAGCAAAGAAAGUCUAUCUUUGACCCUAACACUUUCAAGCGCCCCCAAACGCCCCCCAAAAUAGACUACCUGCUCCCUGGUCCUGGGCCUGCUCACUCCCCCCAGCCUUCCAAGAGGGUGGGGCCUCUGACGCCCCCAAAACCUCCCAGGAGGAGCGACUCCAUUAAGUUCCAGCACAGGCUAGAAACCAGCUCCGAAUCAGAGGCCACGCUGGUGGGCAGCUCCCCGUCUACCAGCCCCCCGAGUGCCCUGCCCACCGACGUGGACCCUGGGGAACCCAUGCACGCCUCGCCCCCUCGCAAGGCCAGGGUCCGCAUUGCUUCCAGCUACUACCCUGAAGCAGACGGGGACUCCUCUUACCUGCCCGCCAAGAAGUCCUGUGAUGAGGACCUCACCUCCCAGAAGAUGGACGAACUGGGUCAGAAGCGCCGCCGGCCAAAGUCUGCUCCCAGCUUCCGCCCGAAACUCGCGCCCGUGGCGAUUCCUGCUCAGUUCCUGGAGGAGCAGAAGUGCACCCCAGCAAGUGGAACACUCUCCCCAGAGCUCCAGGAAUGGUCCCCUUACUCGCCGGGGCACUCCAGCCGGCACAGCAACCCCCCACUCUACCCCAACAGGGCAUCUGUGGGUACCGUUCCCCGGAGCGUGACCCCAAGUACCACUGUGAGCUCCAUCCUGAGGAACCCCAUCUACACCGUGCGUAGCCACAGGAUCGGCCCUUGCAGCUCUCCACCCGUCCCCAGAGAGAUCGGCCCCCAGGGUUUGCAGCCCAGUGUCCAGCACCAGGGACGCCUGAGCCUGGACCUGAGCCACAGGGCUUGCAGUGAUUACUCUGAGAUGAGAGCCUCCCACGGGUCCAACUCGCUGCCCUCCAGCGCCCGCCUUGGGUCUUCAAGCAACUUGCAGUUCAAGGCGGAACGCAUUAAGAUCCCCUCAACGCCACGAUAUCCCCGUUCUGUCGUGGGCUCGGACAGAGGUUCCUUGUCGCACUCGGAAUGCAGCACACCUCCACAGUCGCCUCUCAGCGUUGACACCCUGUCCUCUUGUAGCCAGUCCCAGACCUCAGCUUCCACCCUGCCUAGGAUUGCUGUCAACCCUGUGGCCCUCGGGGAGCGGAGAAAAGACAGGCCCUACAUGGAAGAGCCACGCCACGUCAAGCUGCAGAAGGGCUCCGAGCCCCUGGGCAUCUCCAUCGUGAGUGGAGAGAAGGGCGGGGUCUACGUCUCCAAGGUGACCGGGGGCAGCAUCGCUCACCAGGCUGGCCUCGUGUAUGGGGAUCAGUUACUCGAGUUCAAUGGCAUAAACCUACGGAGCGCCACAGAGCAGCAGGCACGGCUCAUCAUCGGGCAGCAGUGUGACACCAUCACCAUCCUGGCCCAGUACAACCCCCACAUGCACCAGCUCAGCAGCCACUCCCGGUCCAGUUCCCACCUGGAUCCUGCCGGCGCCCACUGCACUGUCCAAGGCAGCGGGGCUGCCACCCCGGAGCACCCCUCCGGCAUUGACCCGCUGGUAGAGCAGGACGAGGGUCCCAGCACACCCCCAGCCAAACAGAGCGCCCCCAGCUCCAGGAUGGUGGGAGAUGCCAACAAGAAGACCCCAGAGCCACGAGUCGUCUUCAUCAAAAAGUCCCAGCUGGAACUUGGAGUGCAUUUAUGUGGUGGGAACCUGCACGGUGUGUUUGUGGCCGAGGUGGAGGACGACAGUCCUGCCAAGGGCCCCGAGGGCCUUGUACCUGGGGACCUCAUCCUCGAGUACGGUGGUCUGGACGUGCGCAGCAAGACGGUGGAGGAGGUCUACGUGGAGAUGCUGAAGCCCAAGGAUGGCGUCCGCCUGAAGGUGCAGUACCGCCCUGAGGAAUUCACCAAAGUCAAGGGCCUGCCUGGCGACAGCUUCUACAUCAGGGCCCUGUACGACCGGCUGGCAGAGGUGGAGCCUGAGCUGAGCUUUAAGAAAGACGACAUCCUCUACGUUGAUGACACCUUACCCCAGGGCACAUUUGGGUCCUGGAUGGCCUGGCAGCUGGACGAGAAUGCCCAGAAGAUCCAACGCGGACAGAUCCCCAGCAAAUAUGUGAUGGACCAAGAAUUCUCCAGGAGGCUCAGCAUGUCUGAAGUCAAAGAUGACAGCAACGCCGCGAAGACGCUGUCAGCGGCUGCUCGCAGAUCCUUCUUUCGAAGGAAGCAUAAGCACAAACGCAGCGGGUCCAAAGAUGGGAAAGACCUCCUUGCCUUGGACACCUUUUCCAAUGACUCCAUUCCACUCUUUGAAGAUUUGGUGAGUCUUGCCUAUCAGCGGGUCCAGAAAGUCGACUGCACCUCCCUGAGGCCUGUCCUGGUUCUGGGGCCUUUGCUGGAUGUGGUGAAGGAAAUGCUGGUGAACGAGGCCCCUGGCAAGUUCUGCAGAUGCCCCCUCGAGGUGAUGAAGGCGUCCCAGCAGGCCAUCGAGCGGGGCGUCAAAGACUGCCUGUUUGUCGACUACAAGCGGAGGAGUGGCCAUUUUGAUGUGACCACGGUGGCUUCCAUAAAAGAGAUCACCGAAAAGAACCGGCACUGCCUGCUGGACAUCGGCCCCCACGCCAUCGAGCGGCUCCACCACAUGCACAUCUACCCCAUCGUCAUCUUCAUCCACUACAAGAGCGCCAAACACAUCAAGGAGCAGAGAGACCCCAUCUACCUGAAGGACAAGGUGACUCAGAGACAUUCCAAAGAGCAGUUUGAGGCGGCUCAGAAGGUUGAACAGGAGUACAGUAGGUACUUCACAGGGGUCGUCCAGGGAGGAGCCCUGUCGAGCAUUUGCACUCAGAUCUUGGCAAUGGUCAAUCAAGAACAAAACAAAGUCCUGUGGAUUCCAGCCUGCCCGCUGUAGGAGAACGCCGUGCUGUGAAAUGACUGCAGCUUGUCUAGCCGUGUCAAUAGCUGGCUCAGCUCUUUAGUGACUAAAAAUAGAAGUUUGUCUGUAGAUAAGCGUGAAGGGGAAGGAUCCAUGAACGAGGACUCCGGAAGCACCUCCUUGAGACAGAGGGCCGCAGACGAAUGGGAUCCCGGCCCAGCCCAGCAAACUGUCUUCCUCACACGUGUGCUUUAAGACAAAACAAACACAAAAGACUCUGAUAGAGGGGUUCAAUACCAACCUUUCUUUAGCCAGCUGAUCAGAGAUGCUGCAAAGAGAACCUUUCAGACCACAAGUUUACAAGCCUUUUCUAAGUAUUUGGUUGUGUAUGUUUACUUGAAUGGCCCCAUGUUGUCGGUGCCCAGUCCCUGCCCCUCUGUUGACCCCCCUGUGUUGCUUUGGUGUUGGUUUUGUUCCUGUUUUCAGCAAAACAACUCUGGAACCUCAUUGGGGCUGCUUUGCUGUAGAAGGUUCUUGUUGGUGGGACCAGAGCUCUGACAAACUUUCUGCCCCUUGAUGGCACCUCUCCUGGAAGGACAUCGCGACCGCAGGUGUUUAGACGUCUGUGGUGGCAGAACUAGUGCCUUGUGGGGCCGACUUGCCAGCGGCAGUUUUGGCAGUCUUACAGACUUGUCUCAGACUUCCCCUCUGCCUUCCACGUCCUCUCAUUUCUUCUCCAUCUGUGUAUAUCAUUUCAGCGUUCUGUCUGGUCCGUCGGAGCCUCAUGGGUUCAUGAUGACACAGCUAGUUCCGGGCAGGGUGUGAAGUUAGGGCUGAUGCAUGCCACUGGGUCCUCUUUAGGUUCUGUAAAUACGAUGGCCUUUAUCAGUGCAAUGUUUGCAGGGUAGUUCUUAAACUCUGAAGAGUGGGGCAGACACAUCAGCUCUUUUGGAUAUGAAAACAUUCGUGUUUCAAACUUUGAGAGUCUUUGGGAAGCAUCACGAUUAGUGUCACUGUCAAAAAUCUAAAAAGAGUGGGAUCUUUUAGUCUUGGCUACAGCACUCACGGCAUGAACACUACUCCAUGAGGGUGUCUUCGUUCGAGAUUUUUUUUUUUUUUUUUUUGCACUUCCGAUGCUGGUGUCUCUGGCUGAAGAUCUGAUGUGGCUCCCCACCAACUGUGCAUCCUGUUAAUAAUGGGUACUGUCCCGGGCUCCGCGGAAGUGUCCCUGGGGUAGGACCUCUAUUUUAAUACUGUUCCUGACAUUUCAUUGUACUAGCAAGAAAUCUUCGAUUUCAUUUUAUCCUUUGUAAUUCUAGACACUAGACUGUAGUUUAGCCAUACUGACAUUUUUUAAAAAGGGAUAUAUUUUCUUGCACAGUUGUUCAAAAAGAGACACGUUUCAGUCCUCAAUGCUGCCCUUUGUUUUACAGGUACAAGUUUUCUAGCUCAGACAACUAAGACAAACUGUAUAGGCUGUCUCGAGGUCUCACUCGCACGCCCUCUGGGCUGUUUCUCUGUUGCAGACAGAGUGGGAUUGUGAUGGUACAGUGUGCGCAGGUACUGUUCUGACAGACUGGGAUUUUCUGUACUAAAACCUGACUUUGUAUCAAAAGGUAAACCGACUUUAGUACAAUAAAUAAAGGUCAAUUUC